GGAUACUAUCCCAAAUUCCCCUUAUUGUGAUGCCGGGAAAGUACAUUAAGCCUCAUCCUGUGACACUACCGUUCGACUUCGAGCAGUUACCGGUCUCCACGCAGAUAUUCAGAGAGCAAGAAUUAGAUGUACUCAUAUCGCACUUGGAUGACCUACGCGAAAAUCAGCAGCAAAUGGCCGACCACGUAAGAGAUAGAUACGGGGAAACAGCAUUGAGAAACCGAUCUCGGCUAUUCGAUGACUGGGAGCAAAAUAUUAGAAGGGUGGCACCUGGGUACUUUGGGGCUGACGGCAAAGUGAAUAUUAUGACUCCCACUCGACAUCAUGGCGAGCACGAAAUACAGAAAGAGCGUGAACAGCAUGCAGAUACCAAACUGAAGUCCGCAGAAGAUUGCGAGCCACAGCUGACGGGCGCCAGCUAUGACCUUGCGAAUUUACGUAUAGAAUAGAAUUGUGGCUAUAAGGAACCCUUAUAUGAAAAGCGUU